GAUAUCAUUCUAUUUUGCUGAGGAAGCAUUGUCUUUUGUGUUCUUUGCAUUACAAGUUUCACCAUGAAAAGCUACGAAGGAAGGUGGUGGUUGUCGUUGUCGGAUACCAUAAACCUGUCACCGACAUAUGAAGUUGAAGAAGAAGAAGAAGAGGCCACCCCAUUUCUCUGUUUGGCCUAAUUCCUCUGUAAUCUCAAAUGGGUCGUCGCCAAAAUGACUCAGAUGUUGGUCGAUUCACGCUUCUCAUCCUCUUCUUGAUGGGUGCAAUUUCCUGUUCUACGGUGUAUCUCUUCAUCACCGUGAUCUUCAGGCCGAGUAGCAGUGCAUCUGUGUCUUCAAUGCAGGGUUUGGAUGAGAAGGGUGGUGGUGUUGAUGAUGAUGUGGUGGGGAGGGGAGAAGAAGGGCAAUGUUGUAGAGGGGUUGAGCAUUUGGAGCUGUGGGGUGAUGCUGUGAAAUGGGGUGCUGAAUUUAAGGUUAAUUCUUCAGAGGAUUGUUGCAUGGCUUGUAAGAAGAUGUGUCAAGGUGAUGGUGGACCUUGUGUGUGUAAUUCAUGGGUGUUUUGUGGAGAUAGAGAGGCGUGUGGACCUAGAUUUGGUGAGUGUUGGUUAAAACGACAAAAAGAUGCUUUAAACCCUGAUCGACGAGACUCGGGAGAUAAAGUUAUGUGGACUUCUGGGUUUGUCUUUGACAAGGGAGAGGGAAUUGUUGGUCUGGAAACUGACUAUGGAAUUCUUCGAAUGAAACUUUUGCCUGAGUGUUCUCCAGAGUCUGUUGCCUACAUUCUUGAGCUGUUGGCAUUGCCUCAUUGUGUUGGUUGCCAGAUUUAUCGUGCUGAAAGCCGGGGAAACUUUUGGGACUCAGAAGGAAACCAUAUAAAGAAGGCUCCAUUUGGUCCUCCUUUUGCACUAAUUCAAGGAACACUUGAAUCCCAUGGCUCUAUAUUCAAGGAUAUUCCAAAAGAACACUGUCCUUCCAUAAGGAGAGGGUCUGUUGCAUGGGUUGGUUCUGGUCCAGAAUUCUUCAUAAGCCUCGCAAAUCACAAGGAAUGGAGAAAUGCAUAUACUGUGUUUGGCUCUGUUCUAUCUGAAGAUAUGGAAAUUUUAGAGAAAAUUGCUCAGCUUCCAACUAAAUCAGAGGUUUUGAGUAAUAUUGAUGUCUCUAUCUUGGAGAGCCCACUUUCAUUACGGUUUCGGAGGAUUUACACAGAGUCUUAAAUCCUCAAAUCUAUAUGAAGCUCUAGAUCAAUUGAGGUGCAGAAACUGUUAUAUCUUGAUUCCAUUUGUUCAUUGUAACAAAACUUUACCAGUUCCUUUAUCAAAUGAUACUGGUUUCAAUCUAUCAAGGCAUUACAUAAAUGGAUCACGGUCUCAAGUUACUUCUCUACGUGCUUGAAGGGAUUUGAAUCAUGCAGAUAUUCCGGCACCAAAUUUGUAGCUGGUGUUAUUUCAAAGAACACAAGUAGUUUGGUAGGUAUAUGACUUUGAGGAUAUUUCUGAUUCUUUUGUUUUAUAUUUUUCUCCUUUUCCUGUAUAGAUGUACAAGAAAGGGUAAAAGAAAGGACAUCCAUUUACAAAGAUACAAGCUUGAGGAUACAAAUUAGUGGAUAUUUCUUGAUUUACUUAUUAAGAUGUGGGGAUAAGAUAUAGAAUAUAAUUGACUUGGUUGUAUGCUCAAUGCAGAAGUUGUGUGGUGUAUUCUUUUAGUCUUAGUCUUCAUAUCCCUCUCAUUCAAAAAAGGAUUUUCAUGGUGUAUUUUGCAGUAGUUUCUAAUUUAUGUUUAAGAACUAUUAGGUUUCUCAUAUUGCCCCAUC